AUGGCUGUAGGAACUGUAUUGAUCACUGGUGGCACCGGCUACAUUGGCUCCUUCACCUCGCUGGCCCUGCUGGACCACGGCUACGAUGUCGUCAUCGUAGACAGUCUCUACAACUCGUCCGAGGUCGCCCUCGACCGCAUCGAGCUCAUCUGCGGCAAGCGACCUGUCUUCCACAAGGCCGACAUCACCGAUGAGGCCGCCCUCGACAAGGUCUUCGCCGCCCACCCGGCCAUCGACAGUGUCAUCCACUUCGCCGCCCUCAAGGCCGUCGGCGAGUCGGCCGAGAUCCCCCUCGAGUACUACCGCGUCAACGUCGGCGGCACCCUGUCCCUGCUCAGCUCCAUGGCCAAGCACAAUGUCACCAACAUCGUCUUCUCCUCGUCGGCCACCGUCUACGGCGAUGCCACCCGCUUCGAGAACAUGAUUCCCAUCCCCGAGCACUGCCCCAUCGGCCCCACCAACACCUACGGCCGCACCAAGGCCAUCGUCGAGGGCGUCAUCGAGGACUUUAUCAACGCCCAGCGUCAGAACGCCCAGAAGGCCGGCAAGCCCUUUGAGCAGUGGAACGGCGCCAACCUGCGUUACUUCAACCCCGCCGGUGCCCACCCCACCGGUAUCAUGGGCGAGGACCCCCAGGGAGUCCCCUACAACCUGCUCCCGCUGCUGGGCAAGGUCGCCACUGGAGACCGCCCGAAGCUGCUGGUCUUUGGCGAUGACUACCCUUCAAGAGACGGUACCGCCAUCCGCGAUUACAUCCACGUCGUCGACCUGGCCAAGGGCCACUUGGUUGCGCUGAAUUACCUGCGUGAGAAGAAGCCCGGUGUCAAGGCAUGGAACUUGGGAUCUGGCCGUGGCAGCACCGUCUUUGAGAUGAUCAAGGCCUUCAGCAAGGUCGUUGGCCGCGACAUGCCCUACGAUGUCGUGCCGCGCAGACAGGGCGACGUCCUCGACCUGACUGCCAACCCUACCCGCGCCAACCAGGAGCUCAACUGGAAGACGGAGCUCACCAUGGAGAACGCCUGCGAGGACCUGUGGCGAUGGGUGUCGAACAACCCCAAGGGCUACAGGCAGGAGCCGCCGCCGGAGCUGCUGGCCGCCGUCAAGGCCAAGACGUCAUAG